AUGACCAACGUGUUGACCAAGGUGCUGACCAAUGCCAUGACCAACGUGAUGACCAAAGUGCUGACCAACGUGUUGACCAAGGUGCUGACCAAGGUGCUGACCAAGGUGCUGACCAAGGUGCUGACCAACGUGGUGACCAAUGCCAUGACCAAGGUGCUGACCAAUGCCAUGACCAAUGCCAUGACCAAAGUGCUGACCAAAAUGCUGACCAAUGCGCUGACCAAUGUGCUGACCAAAGUGCUGACCAAUGCCAUGACCAAAGUGGUGACCUAUGUGCUGACCAAAGUGCUGACCAAUGCCAUGACCAAGGUGCUGACCAAGGUGCUGACCAAAGUGGUGACCAACGUGUUGACCAAGUUGAUGGACACGGCAGCGAUGAGAUGGACACGGCAGCGAUGA